AUGUUUAGUAGCCCAGACCAGAUUCAAUCGAGAUCAAAAAGGGAACCAGUGAUUGUAGCGGUGUCUCUAUUCAUCCUACUGUCACCAGGACUGUUGUUUCAGAUUCCAGCGAGGACGAGAGUGGUUGAGUUCGGGAACAUGACCACGAGCGGUAUCGCUAUUUUGGUUCACGCGGUUAUAUACUUUUGUAUUCUCACGAUCUUAGUGGUUGCUAUACAAGUUCACAUCCAUUUCUGAUCUCUUAUAUCAUGUAAAUGCAAGUAAAAAAAAAAAGAAGAAAGGUUUAUUGAA